GUCGGCAUUUAUAUGUCAUUCGACUCACUACAGACACCACCAAACUCAUCUCUCAAUGGUCCUCUGGCUGUCUGAAUCAUGGUCCUAGCGUCAAGUCACACCUCAUAGCAUGCAGCACCGCCAUUGGGUACCACGCCCACCGCCUGCAGACACACAACAGCACCGCACACCCGCCCAUCCAGCCAGCCACCCACAACACAUCAAUAACCCCCACCGCGCAUGCCAUCACUCUGCCCCUCGAUCUCACCUGCAGUGCAAACACCGUCACAAGGGCCACCACGGCCACAUAGCUCAGCCCCUCCGCAGCCCCGAGCAGCCCCGCAGGUCCACUGUUGAGCCCUUGGCCGGUCUUGACCUUGGUGAAGGCCGAGUAGCCGCUCAAGCCCACCACUUGCAGGAAGGAAAGCCCCUCCGCCGCUCCAUAGAUCCCGGCCGGGCCGGGGGGAACCCCACAGCCCGUCUGUGUCAGCGUCAAGAGCGAACACCCAACCAUGGCGCACGCCGCGAGGGAAACCGCGCCCAGCCCGCCUUCAAGCGCUGCGUUGCCGUAGGGAAACCGCGCCCAGCCCGCCUUCAAGCGCUGCGUUGCCGUCGCCUGGCGAUGAGUCUUUCUCGGCCAUCCACAAUGCCGUCAAGGCUGAAGGAUACCGAUGCGGCUUGCGAUGCGCCGAGAGAGAGAGGAGUGGGGUCGGUGGGCGCCGCUGCACAGAUGGAGGGGUGAGGAAGGCAUGCGUCGCUGUCACAUGAGCGAGGAGGGUGAGGAGGCCGAGAACGCUAGGCAAGAUCUCUGCCAUGGAUCUGCGGG